AUGCAAAUGCCUCUUUUCAGCGAGGGUGGACUUGACUACUUGGGCAACCCAAGUUUGGUCCAUGCACAAAGCAUCUUGGCUAUUUGGGCUUGCCAAGUUGUGUUGAUGGGAGCUAUUGAGGGUUACCGUGUUGCUGGUGGACCUCUUGGUGAGGUUACCGACCCACUCUACCCCGGUAGUAGCUUUGACCCAUUAGGUCUUGCUGAUGACCCAGAGGCUUUUGCUGAGCUCAAGGUAAAGGAGAUUAAAAACGGUAGACUUGCUAUGUUCUCCAUGUUCGGAUUCUUCGUUCAAGCUAUUGUCACUGGAAAAGGUCCAUUAGAGAACCUUGUUGAUCACCUUGCUGACCCUGUUAACAACAAUGCCUGGGCCUAUGCCACAAACUUUGUCCCCGGAAAGUAAAGUUCUUAAAAGAAGAGUCUCUUUUAGUAUCAGAUUG